AAAAAAAGGAAGAUAAAAAUGACCGAGAAAGGAUGUUGCGUAACUUGUGUGUUUUCCAACUGUAGCACCGCCCUUUUACGGAUCUUUCCUGUAUUAAGGGUGCGAUCGUGGAAGUGACCAACUCUAGUCGACAGGAGCAAAGAUGGACUUUUUUCCGGCGUUUUCCAUAGAGACUUGGACUUUAAUAGUACUUGUCAUCACUCUAAUCGCAGUAUAUGGAUAUGCUCCAUAUGGGUUUUUUAAGAAAAUAGGCAUCCCUGGACCCAGACCUUUGCCCUUUAUUGGGACAUUUUUGGAGUACAGAAAGGGCAUUCACAAUUUUGACACAGAAUGCUUUCAGAAAUAUGGAAAGGUGUGGGGACUGUACGAUGGCAGGCAGCCUUUACUGGCCAUAGUGGACACAGCUAUGAUCAAAACAAUCUUGGUUAAGGAGUGUUAUUCUGUCUUCACUAACAGACGGGAUCUGGGCCUAAAUGGACCGUUGAGUGACGCUGUAUCAAUAGUAGAAGAUGAGAAGUGGAAGAGAAUUCGCAGUGUACUCUCUCCGUCAUUCACCAGCGGACGCCUGAAAGAGAUGUACACAAUAAUGUUGCAGCACUCAAGUAAUCUAAUCAAGAGUCUUCACACAAAAGUAGAGGCGGACAAAGUCAUAGACGUUAAAGAAGUAUUUGGACCUUACAGUAUGGAUGUUGUGACCAGCACUGCCUUCAGUGUGGACAUUGAUUCCAUCAACCAUCCCUCUGAUCCUUUUGUAGCAAACAUUAAGAAAAUGGUCAAGUUCAACUUAUUAAAUCCCUUUCUUCUACUUGUGGUUCUGUUUCCAUUCUUGGGGCCAGUUCUUGAUAAAAUGGGGUUUUCAUUCUUCCCUGCUGGAGUGUUGAAUUUCUUCUUCAACUUUUUAAAGACAAUCAAAUCAGACCGGAAUAAGAAUGAGCACAAGACCCGAGUAGACUUCAUGCAGUUGAUGGUGGACUCUCAGAUGUCUGAGAAGAACAAAGAGGAUGAAAGCCCUGACAAAGGACUGACUGAUCAUGAGAUCCUGUCUCAGGCCAUGGUAUUCAUCUUUGCUGGCUACGAAACCAGUAGCACCACACUGGGAUUUGUAGCCUACACCCUGGCGACCCACCCUCACAUCCAAAAAACCCUGCAAGAGGAGAUUGAUAAAACCUUCCCAGAAAAGGUUCGGCCGACCUAUGAAGCCAUGAUGCAGAUGGAACACCUGGACAUGGUGAUUAAUGAGGCAAUGAGACUCUACCCUGUUGCUAAUCGAUUAGAGAGGAUCUCAAAGUCUUCUGUGGAAGUUAACGGUGUGACCAUCCCUAAAGGAACUGCCGUAGUGAUACCAGUUUACACUCUCCACCGGGAUCCUGCUUUGUGGUCUGAGCCUGAGGCCUUCAAGCCUGAAAGGUUCAGCAAGGAGAACAAAGACAACAUCGAUCCAUAUGCCUUCCUACCCUUUGGAACGGGGCCAAGGAACUGUAUUGGCAUGCGAUUUGCUCUCUUGAUGAUGAAGUUGGCCAUAGUGGAGAUCCUUCAGAACUUCAGCUUUGUCACGUGCAAGGAGACAAAUAUUCCAAUGGAGCUGGGAAGAGAUCCAUUUACCUCACCCAAGAAUCCCAUCAAACUGAAGCUGGAGCCCAGAGCAACCAUUGCUGAUCCUCUCUCAAGCUAACUAUGAUUGUCUUUAGCAACUAACUUUCUUUUUUCAAACUAAUCUACAGCAUAUCACUUACAAUUCAAUUAUUAAUUCAAUUCAAUCAUCAAUCAAUUAUUAAAACUAAUUAAAGAACACAAUUUAAAUAGACAGCAUGAUGUCUUAGAUAACUUGCAUCCUUUCAAUAAGCUUUUCAGUAAUAUUUACUUUGCAUUACACACUUCCAAUAAGAACACUUUAAAGGUCAGCCAACAGCUUAGCUUGGUUCUACAAAACAAACCACUGCUGAUGUUUUGGCCUUCUGAUUCAUUGAUAGUUUAGUUUAGUUUUGACUGACAUUUUUAUUCAUUCUGCAUGAUACUCGACAAUUCAUGGAUGGCAUUACAGCCAUUACUAAUAUUCUCACAAUCCCUUUUCUUUUUUAUCUAAUAAAAAUGCUUAGAUUUUA